GUUCUCUCUCAAACUUCACUUCGCUUUUCAUGCGCUUUCCUCUCGUCUUUUUCUUCUUAAGCCCAAGUUAAAACAAGAUCCUUUAUUACAUUCUUUAUUUAUCUCAUCGAUUGACUUUUUACAAUGUCUGCUCCCCCUCCUCAGCCCGGCCCUCAGCCUGGGCCUGGCCAGAUUCCCAUGCCUCAGCCUGGACAGCGACCAACACCCGAGCAAAUCCAGGCAAUGCAGCGCCAACUUGCUAUCGACGCCGAGAAGAAUGGCAUGACUGUCCCGGAAUUUAUUGAACACAUCAAGCGACAGGCCCAAGAACAAAUGCGCAUGCGAGCGCAACAGCAGCAGGGCGGCGAUCAUGGUCAUGGUCACGAUCACGAUCACGAUCAUGAUCACUCCCACCCGCACCCUCACCAACAGCAGCAGCAGGGUCGCUCUCAGCCCAUCACUCCAGGACCUCCCAACCCCAAAGCCCUUGCUCUUGCGGCGUUCCUCCGUGGCCAGGAUCUCAAGCCCAGGACUGUUAUCAUGAACGGCGAGCGAAAGGACAUGUUCCGAGUCAAGCGAGCCCUCCGAGCCCUCCAGUCCCCCGCCUAUGAGAAGGCCCGCAAGAAGAACCCCCUUCUUCCCGAAAUCACCGACCGAGCUUCUCUUGAGAACACCUUCAAGUUGCUGCCACUCAGCAUGCUUGCGCUUCGAGUUUCCAAGAUUGAGCCCCAAGCAGGCCCCAAUGGAAAGAAGCCCAAGCGUGUCAAGGGUCAGUGGACUGUCAAGGUCGAACCGCAGCAGGAGGCACAAGACGACAUGUACUAUGCUUGGUUGUGGGAAGGCAGUCAGCUCAAGCGAAAGAUCUAUGCUGGUCUCGCACUCCUCGCCAUUUUUGCUGUUGUCCUGUACCCUCUUUGGCCCCUGGUGUUGCGCCAAGGUGUAUACUACCUAAGUUGGGGACUCUUGGGUCUCCUUGGACUGUUCUUCCUCAUGGCCAUCUUCCGUGUUAUCCUUUUCUGCAUCACAUAUUUCACCAACUCUCCUGGUCUUUGGCUCUUCCCCAAUCUGUGGGAGGACGUUUCUUUCAUGGACAGUUUCAGACCUGUCUGGGCUUGGCAUGAGACCGAGAAAAAGAAGAAGAAGAAGAAGUCGACCGUGGCUGUCCCUGGAACCAGCGUUAACCCCGCCUUGGCAGGCGCCACCGGUCUUGCGCCCACCAGCGCAACGACAACAGGAACAGACACCCAGGUUAAGACUGGUGACGUACAGCAAAGGCACUAUGAGGCACCCAGAGUCGAGGAACUUGAGGAUGAUGCUUAGGUGAUGCAGCAGAGUGUGUCUUGAUGUUGGCGUUUCUUGAAAGUUGUAAUAGUAGCACAGUGUCUAGGAUUCGGAUCACAAUGAAAAGAACGAGCGGGUUUUAUGAGUACAAACAUGGAAAUAUAUGUUUGCAGUG